AUGGCACAUACCGCAGGUCACCGGGUCAGUCAGGACCUGCUUCUUGAAAUUGCUGAGCACUGCGACUUGAAGACGCUGUCGAGUCUGAUGCAGACAUGCAAACACGUCUACCUGAUCAUCAACUCCUACAAGCAGAGCAUUGCCAAGGCCAAGAUCGCCACCUACAUAAGUCCUCCUACCGGCCUUGUGCUUACCUCCAGGGACGAGAAGCGAUGCGUUAUUCCCCUGCGCAACUCCCUCCAUACCGUCCGGGAGCUCCAGCGCCGCGAGGACCGUGUGGAUUCGAUCCUGGACCGCGGCGGGUUUAUGCUCACCGACCGCCCUGAUACCCUGGGUCUGGGUUCCCUUGCGUCGCUCGAAAAGUUCAAGGCCGGCUUGCGAGACGCGCUGUACAUCACGGACCAGAUUGCUGAUCUCGCAGCCCACCCAUCACUGGACCAAGCCGGAGGCGUGAGCGAUGUGAAAGCCCGGGCUUGGCACACGAUGAGCGACAGCACGACGGACGUCCGCAGCACCGGAGUUAACACGCUCAGUGCCUACAACGCCAGGCUUGCGUUGCACUUCCGCAAGAUGCGCCAGCUCCGCCAGCUCCAGAUCGAUCUGCUGCGCUCGCUCCCCACGCGGCUUCUCUGCUGGCUGCUGACGCUUGCGGCAGGGGGGUCCAAGGGCUAUGCACGGUACUGCAUGCGGCUCCUCGAGAGCGACCCGGGCAUGGGACACGCCCGCGUGAUGGCCUUUAAGGAGGUGCUGUUGCGUGGCGGCGGGUUCAUCCUGUGGGGCUUCCUGAGGGGCAGGGGCCCUCUGCACUCCUUUGUCAAGGCGGCGAUCUGGGCCUGCACAGAAGAGGUCAUGUUCUUUGAGUGGAGUGGCGGAUGGGGAUGGGGUGCUGUGGGGGAAGAUGAGGCCAGGGCACCAGAUGGUCUGCACAUGACCAUCAUGGAUGAGCUGAGACAGCGAUUUGUCGAGGCCAAGAGGGAGCAGAUAGCAGAGAACAAGAAUAGGAACGGGGAGGAGGAAUGGGAUGAGACGACCUGGGGCGCCAACGAUACACUGGAGGAAGUGCACCGCAUUGUGGGUGAGGAGGUUGAGUGCAAGAGCUGGAAGGGUUAUGCUGCUGUCGAGCACGACAUCAAGGGCUGA